UAAUGUAACUUCCCUCCACUUAUGAACGUUUUUUUAACACACAACAUACCGCUUCCACUUCUCUUUCUCUCAACACACCGCUUCCGCUUCCACUUCUCUUUCUCUCAACACACAGUGCCAUACGCUUCUUCUCUUUCUCUCAACACACAGUGCCACACCGCUUCUUCUCUUUCUUUGGCUUUGUUCGCAGAUUUUGUCGAAGCUCAUCGUCCACCACCGCCGCGGGUUCCAUUUGCCACUGUUAACACCGAUCACUAAUCUCUGAUUGACAUUGCUUUGGCGUUGGGAAAUGGCAACAAAAGCAAAAGGAAGUUCAAAACUGCCAACUUUGUGCGAUUUGUGGUCAAAAUUAGAUGAAGACUUUAAAGCCUUAAUUAACAACAGAAUUGAUAAUAAUGGUGAUGGUAGUUCUUUGUUGAGACUUAUCCCCAAUAGACGUGUGGAAAUUUCAACAUAUUUGCUGCAAGAGUUCAUGACACUUUAUGAACAUAGAGAAAAUGAUUUUUAUUUUCAGGUCUGUGGUCAACAACGCAUGAACGUCACAUUGGAGGACGUUUUAUUUUUGACCCAUUUGCCUAUUAUAGGCCGACCAAUUGUCCCCAUUGACAAUAGAGAUCGAGAUGCUUUCAAUCGACUUUUUUCAGAAAAUUCAUCUCUACUUUCCCUAGUCACGUUGAGAAAUAUUUGUUGUGAUACAAAUAGAAAUGAUGAUGAGAGGAUCAAGGCUGUCCUUCUCAUGAUUGUGACAUGCCUGAUUGCUCCAAAUGGGAAUGGACAAAAUUGCAAGACUUCUUACGUCCAAUUUAUCGAAAAAUUGGACGAAGUUAACUCCUAUGCUUGGGGAGCUGCAAUGUUAGCAUACUUGUAUCAAGGUAUGAAGGGAUGGAAGACCGAUGAUAAGGCAAUUGACGGCUUCACCUGGCUUAUAAUGGGCUUCUUCUUUUCUCAUUUUAGAGGUCUUUAUUCGAUCUUCAAUAAUGCUGUGGAGGAAAAUCAGGCUCAUGAUAAGCCAAAACUGGCAUAUUUGAUAGAGUCACUUGAGAAAACCGGCAAAAUCCACCCAAAGAAGGCCAACAUCCCAUUACAAUUGAAGGUUGAGGUUGCUUCAUGAGCAACGCAUAGUUGAUGAACAGAUAAAUUACGGCUUCCUUGGGAAACAAACCUCAAACCCUUUGGUUUGCUUUGAUCAAAAUUAUGAAUUGAGAUACUUGGGAGGCAUAUUUGAUGUAUGAGAGCUUUGGGAACCAUUGACAUGCUUGCUUUCAUCUUCCCUUGACUAUAUCAGUGCACCUAGGAUCUCCUAGAAGUUUUGGAUCUUGUGACUGCUCAAGCUACAAACAAAAGAUGUUAGUGACAUAUUUUUGUGUUUUUGGUUAGUGAAUAAAAUGAGAGAAGCAAUAAUAUACAAUUCAAGUAUGCUUGGUGAUCUCAAACCAAUUCUCAAAAGUUCCCACCCCAAAGGUAAGAAGCCAAGAUGCUUAUGAUCCUUGAGGCAAAAUGCAAAUGCAAUGAUAUGAUGCCAUGAGGGAUCUUAGGGUCAAAAUUGGGAUCUUACAAUUAUUAUUAUUAUUAUAUUGUUUGUGUUCUUUGUUA